CUCACAUCAGCAGAUGACAACAACAAAACACGGCUACAGAGAGGGUGUUAGCGUAGUUAGCUUCUGGAGAUAAACAACUGGUCGCCUCGUCUGUGUGUUACCUAAUCAAGGCUGGAGAUUUAUCGUUCAGAACUUCGUAGAAAUAUGCCUGAUCUAUGCAUCUAGUUAUGGUUGUCAUUUAUUUUUUGGCUUAGUUCAGUCCUCGUUAGCUGAGUGGCUCGGAAAGCUAACUAAAAAUGCCAAGCUUAAACGGGUUAGCUAGCUAGCUUACGUGCUAGCUUUUUAGCUAGCCAACCAGCCCAGGCGAAACCCAAGGAGAUGCGAGCAAAGUGAGGUCUGUGGCAUGUGACUAAAUGAGCCAGACAGGCAAACUUGAAAAACUCUGGGAGACUCAUCAUGAAGUUGUAUGUGUUCCAGGUCAACAAUGGCAGCACAUUGACAUUUGACACUGACCUUGCUGUCCAGACUGUACUGGAGCUUAAACAUGCCAUCCAAGCCAAAUACAAGAUCGCAGUUCAGCAUCAAGUCCUGGUGGUCAAUGGAGGGGAAUGUAUGGCUGCAGACAGACGAGUCUGCAGCUACAGUGCAGGCACUGAAACCAACCCCAUAUUCCUGUUUAACAAAGAGAUGAUCUUGUCUGACCGGGAUCCAACAAUCCCUAAAACCACCUUCUCGAUUGAAAGCGAGAUUCAGUUGAAGGUGGAGGAGUCACUAUUGAUGCCAGCUGUCUUUCACACCGUUGCCUCACGAACACAACUUGCUCUGGAAAUGUUCGAAGUUGCCAAAAAACUUUGCUCUUUUUGUGAGCGUUUGGUUCACGAUGAACAUCUCCAACAUCAAGGCUGGGCAGCCAUCAUGGCCAAUCUGGACGACUGCACCCUGUCUUAUCAGAAGUUGCUCAUGAAAUUCAACACAGCAUACACUAAUUAUCAGCAGGACCUUGAGGAAAUUAAAGUCAAGCUUUCCAAGUUAGGGACUUCAGUUUCUGUCAUGGCUAGGAUACCUCUGCUGGAAUGUUUGACGAGACACAGUUACAGAGAAAGCAUAGUGAAGUCCAGUUCAACCCCAGACAAGGAUUCAGAUGAGACGGAAGAAGAAAAGUCCACUGACUCUGUGCUCUGCGCUACUCAAACACAGAGGCCCUCCAAGUCAUCGGCCUCUUUGUCUGCUUCGGGCACGGCCACAUGCGAGGCAGAAGGAGAUCAGGGGACAAAUGAAAUGACUGACAGUGGUGGGUUAAGGGCUGCACUUUUAGAUGAAGACACUGCAGACCUUGCCGGCCAGUCCAUUUUCAACGUUACACUGUUGGACUGGAUAAAUGUUCAAGACAGACCUAAUGACGUGGAAUCUGUUGUGAGGAAAUGUUUUGACUCCAUCAACAGGCUCGACCCAAGGAUCAUUCAACCUUUCCUGACAGAGUGUCGGGACACAAUUGCAAAGCUGGAUAAUCAGAACAUGAAAUCCAUCAAAGGCCUUGAAGACAGGUUAUAUGCUCUUGACCAAAUGAUUGCAAGCUGUAAGAAGUUGGUAAACGAGCAGAAAGAACUCGCUCAGGGGUUUUUGGCCAACCAGAAGAGAGCUGAAAACCUGAAGGAUACGUCUGUUUUGCCUGACCUGUGUCUGAGUCACACCAACCAGCUGAUGAUCAUGCUGAACAACCACAGGAAGCUGUUAGAUAUUAAAAAGAAGUGCACCACUGCCAAACAAGAAUUAGCAAACAACCUUCAAGUCAGACUCAAAUGGUGCUGCUACGUGAUGCUUCACGCAGAUCAGGACGGAGAGAAGCUUCAGGCUCUCCUCAGACUUCUUACAGAGCUAAUGGAAAGAGUGCGGGUGGUCGAGGCCCUCAGUACUGUGCCCCAGAUGUACUGCCUGGCAGUUGUAGAAGUUGUGAGGAGAAAAAUGUUCAUGCGCCACUAUCGAGAGUGGGCAAACGCUCUUGUGAAGGAUGGGAAACGACUAUACGAGGCAGAGAAGUUUAAAAGAGAAUCUUUUGGGAAACUCUUUAGGACAUCUUUCCUCCGGAAUCGAUUGUUUAAAGGGCUUGAUUCAUGGCCUCCAACUUCAUUUUGUACACAAAGGCCCAGAAGGUUCGAUGAUGAACUUCCAGAUAUCUCACUUGAUGACCUGCAGUACUUGAAAUCAUGUUGUCCUGCAGAGGUGCAGCCUUUUCUAAUGGUUCCUGCUAUGUGUGAUUUCGAGCCUUUACAUCACCAUGUCGAGUCCCUUCAUCAACUGGUCCAAGCUGCACAGAGCGUGGAUGAAAUGUCUCAAACUAUUACUGACUUACUAAGUGAACAAAGGACAUCCUGUAUUCAUAGAUCAACAGCAUGGACUCCACAGUCUGAAAGCAAGUCUGGGACCACGGCAUCAAUUUCCUCUAAAACACCUCCCUCGCUUAGUCUUCAGGGACCCAGCUGCCAGCCCCUACAUGUACCCAUCCCAGCUCCUUUAGAGGAUUUAUCUCCAGACAGCAUUGAUGCACAGACUUUUGACUUUGAAACCAUAGGCCAUCCAAACAUGGAUCCUGUCCUGCAGCAGGGAUCCCUUGACUUGGACUCUCUUGCCGAAAGCCCCGAAUCUGACUUCAUGUCUGCCGUCAACGAGUUCGUGAUUGAAGAGAACUUGACCUCGCCCAAUCCCAUUAGUGACCCCACCAGCCCCGAGAUGAUGGUUGAGUCGCUGUACUCCUCAGUCAUUAAUGCAAUUGACAACAAGCGAAUGCAAGACACCACAACACUAGCGAGAGAGAACUCAAGAGUUGCUGAGCUCCAAAAAGCUGUUGAAAAAUACAAAUAUGCUGCAGAAAAGUCCCACUCUAACUUAAGAAGUGUAAAGGAUGACCUAUACUACUUAAGAGGCCUAGUAGUGAAGGAACAACAGGACUUUGGGCUAGCCCUGCUUAGCAUGAGCUCAGAAGUACGCACUACUGUGGAUGACAUCUGCCAAACUCAUGAAACUGAGCUGAAAGCGCUGCAUCAGUGUGAGCUUCUUAGUGUUCGGCAGGAGCUCGAGAAACAAGUUCUUGCGCUGACGGAGGAAAACCAAGUCAACCAAAACAUUGUGCGGGACGUGCAGCGCGCUAUGCUGGAGCUCGAGGGGCUCAUGGAGCGCAAAGAGAAGGAGCUUACUCAGCUCGAGAACGAGAAAGAGCGGUGGGCGGAAAAAGAGAGCGAUCUCGCUGGUCGGAUCAAAAACCUCGACCAGAUUAUCAGCGAUCAAACGGAGGAGGCCAAGGUGCUUUCAGCUUCGAAAGACUCUCUGACCAGCCAGCUUGAAAACCUGCACUUUGAGAUUGAACGCAGUCAGCAGAAGAUUCGACAGGAGCUUGAAGUGGUUGCUCAGGGCCAUUUAAAGGAGUUGGAGGACAAAAUGAACCAGGAGCACAAGAUUGAACUGGACAGCUUAAAUAGGAAUAACCAGGUGGCUCUGGAAAGCCUCGCUGUUGAAAAUAAUACAAAGUUAACUGAGGCAACCGAUCAAUAUGCCACAGCCAUUAAAGAGAAGGACGUUCAAAUCAAGGACUUGGAAGCUCGAUUUACUGAGCUUGCAGAGCUCCGCUGCAAACUAGAGGUAGAGUUAGCCCUCAAAGAUGCAGAAACGGAAGAGGUUAAAAUUUUGUUUGAGGAGGCCAAGAGUCAACAUGCAGAGGCUCUAAACACCCAAAUCGAGGCUGAGACCAAAGUACUUCGAGCUGAGCUGGCAGAUCUGAAAAGACAGCUUCAAGCAAAAAACGAGGAGUAUGAAUUGGACCUGGCAGAGCUGAGAACUCUCAUGAGGAUCGAAAAAGACCACUGCAUCUCGGAGCUGGUGGACCGACAUGAAGAGGAGGCUGCCCUGUUGCACACCAAGGUCUCCACCCUGCAGCAGCAAGCCCUGGACGCCGAAAGGAUCUCUGCGGAGCAGCAGCAAAACCUCAAAGAGGAAUUCCAUCAGCAGGUGGCUGCGCUCGGCGAAGAAAAAGAGAAGCAGUCGAGGAGGUUUCAAGACCUGGAGCAGGAGUUGAGGACUGUUAUCAGCGAUUUGCGGGCAGAGAAUGACCUGCUCUCGAAAAAACUGGAGCAGGACAAACCUGCAGGUCAGAAAGAUGAGGACAAAGAGGCAGCCUCUGAUGCUGUAGCACAAGAAGCCUUUAAAGAGUUGGAGCAGCAGAAGGAGGAGAAAGAGAAGGAACUUUUAGGCAGAAUCAAACAACUUGAGAAAGAGCUUCAAGAGACGCAAUCUUUAAAAAGUGAUGGAGGGUUGUCGCUGUCUGCUGAUGGCCAUGCAGAUGCUGGAGCACCUCUGUCUCUGGACUCAGCAUUGCAAGAGCGCCUGCAGCAAGAGAGGGCCUCCCUGCUAACUCAGUUAGAUCUUCUCGAAAAGAAGAAGAACGAAGAGAUGCAAAACCUUAAGACAUCGCUAAUCGCUGAGCAGCAGACUAAUUUCAACACAGUUCUAACCCGAGAAAAGCUGAAGAAGGAGCAGAUUAUCAAAGAGCUCACAGAGAAGUUCCAGGAUGUUACUCAGCAACAGGAAAAGGACAAAGCUCUAAUAGAGACUUUGUCCGAGGACCGGGCAAGUUUGAUGCAGGAAAAGAAGCACUUGGAAGAAGAGCUGAAYCGGCUGCGCAGCACUGCUUUGGUGUCCUCCACCUUCUUCCCCUCCAACCCUUCAGUUCCGGAUGCUUCAGAAGCUGGAGCAGCAGCUCGAGCUCUGCCCGUUGCUGAGGCUUGUUUUUCAGAGGGCCUGUCUGAGACUGACAGACUGGCCUCUGUGGCAGCCAUUCGAGAUGACGACCACGUCGAUUCUGCAGUGGAAGCCAGCAUGGUGGCUGUCCAUGACAAUAUGAUGUCAGAGGAGAAACAACGAAUAAUCUUACUUGAGAGGACUUUGCACAUGAAGGAAGAAGAAAACAAGCGCCUAAGUCAAAGACUGAUGUCUCAGAGCAUGUCGUCGGUGUCAUCACGGCAUUCAGACAAAAUCGCCAUCAGAGAUUUCCAGGUUGGCGAUUUGGUUCUAAUCAUCCUGGAUGAAAGGCAUGACAACUACGUGCUGUUCACCGUUGGUCCCACCCUCUACUUUCUCCACUCAGAGUCUCUCACUGCACUGGACCUUAAACCAGCAUCAGGGAGCUCAAGACGACCGUGGGUCCUUGGAAAGGUGAUGGAGAAGGAAUAUUGCCAGGCAAAAAAGGCCCAGAACAGGUUCAAAGUUCCUUUAGGAACCAAGUUCUACAGAGUUAAAGCUGUUUCCUGGAACAGAAAAGUAUAAUACCCAAGUAAUGAGCUAACGUGUAUAUUUGUUUUUGUUUAAUUUUCAAACAGAAACUUAAUUUUCCCUAACUUAACAUCAAAACUCAUUACUAAUGGAAAGAGAAACAUGUUAUUUCAGUUGAAAAUCAUACAUUUUAUCACAUUUUUUUGUUUUCUUUUAAACCCAGAUUUGUUACUGUGGACCAAAUGCUAUUAAUCUCUCAGGGCCUUGCCCUUUACACUGUGGCAUUAUGCCCUUUGACUUGUGUGUGGAACUGAAUAAAAUUUGGAUGUUAAAUAUUAGUUCUCAUUAUCAGCAUUUGUCCUCUUGUGGAAAAUACUGUCAUUAUCAACAUAAAUAAAUAAAUAAAUAAAUAAAAUAAAAAAAACAUUUAUAUUAAACAAUAAUGGAGGAAUGUUCAUGGCAUGCAUAUUGAAAUAUUUUUCUUUAAUUUACUUACCAGAUAAAUGUUGUAGUUGAAAAUGUAGGUAAUGCUGUAUGUUACUCACAAUCAGUAUGGCUCUCUGUCAAUACUGAAAUGUACAUUAUGACUGGCUGAAGGCAGUCAGCUUUGCAAUCCUUGAAAUGCACUUUGAAAACAAUGCUUUUAAUAAUUUAAAAGGGAAGUUAAUUGAGCUGUCAGAACUAAGUAAAUAUAUCAGAACAAACUUCUUAUUAUCAUAGCAUAUUGAUAUGUAGAAAGGAAAACAUUGUGGCUGUGUUUCAUUAUCGGGAGACAUUGUAUAUUACUCAUUUUAAAAAAAAUCACAUGUAACUAAAUGACUGUAAUGUAAAGGAUAGAGUUUUGAAACAAUAAAGGAUUGAUCCCCAA